GAAUGAUAUUUGCUUUUCACACAGGCGGAGCACUAAAUUAGCGCGCACGAGCGCCAGUCGGGGGCACUCGGGCGCAGGAGAGACGGGAGAACCGAAACCGAACCCUUCCCUUGCUGAAGUCUCCACUCACGAGAGCCAUCCGGCAACCCAAACAAGCAAUCCUUGCUGUGUCGCCUCAGUGCAACGGUCUUUUCCUGCCCCUGCACGGUAAUUACUACCUUCUCCUGUCUUUCGGUUCAAGCUACAAUUGUGUCUUCGUCGCGACGCCACAGGGUAUCCUCAGGUGAUUGACAAGCUCAUCAUCUCCCCUGAACGCGUGCGCAACGCUUGAGCCUGAGCCGACACACAUAACAAACGCGACCGACGCCUCAACAAUCACGAUGUCGAAGAACGGGAAAUUCCAGCUUCCCACCCUCUCCCCGAUCAACGUGUCGCUCACUGAUGGCACAAAUAUUCCUCCUCCGCAGGACUCACCUGAUGAGCCUCGUCCUCCCACUCCCGGCAGAGGACCUCUCUCGUCGCACCCUACCACCCCGUCCGGCACUUUCACAGGCAAUGGCUACUUUGGGAGCGCAGCUAUAAACGGAUUAUCAGACCAAAAGCAGAACGGGGCACCAAAGGCAAUAGACACCUUCGCGCAGGCGGAUUCCACCUUGACAGAACCCUUAAAGUCUCCCAUAACUUCCACAAAGCGGCCAUCCUCAGUACGACGCUUCCUGGGUCUACGAAGCCUCGGUUCCUCUGACUCGCUACGAGACCGUCCUUCAACGCCAAAUACAAUUGAUUCCAGAACUAGCACUACGGUCUACAAUGCCCCGAACAGUCCAAUAUUAAGCAAGAGGAAAAGUACAGGCUGGUUCAGUAAAAGAAAGAGUUCGCUGUUCACAUCUGACGAUGGAAGCAUAACGCAAGACAAAGAGAACGCAAAACAGCCAAGGAUCGCAAGAGGUCCGCCGCCGCCGACCAUUCCAGAGCUGGGGAAAUUAGAUGGCGGUGACUUGGGUGCUGAUGACUUGUUCAACAACAUCAAAUAGCCUCGAAUGGCAUAUCACAUCUAGUAGGAGGUUCAUUGUUCCAAGCAUCUUCGCUGUCCUUUAGGCAGAGGCUGCUAUGGCGUCGAGGCACGUCUUGGAAACACAUCACUUUUUGGCGGUUUGUGUCAUUGCAAAAUGAUUCCGCA